AUGUGCCUGUUCACAGAUCAAAGGACCCUGGACAGUUAUGCCUGUGUGACUCUGGAGAGGGUUCUGGGAAUCACAGCGUCUGGCAACAGUGGUCUGGCCUGUGACCCCCACUCAGGUUUGGUGGCCUAUCCUGCUGGCUGUGUGGUGGUUCUGCUGAAACCCAAGAAGAACAUACAGCACCACAUCCUCAAUACAUCCAGGAAAACUAUCACAGCUCUGUCCUUCUCUCCAGAUGGCAAGUACUUGGUCACUGGAGAGGUGUGUCUGGCCUGCGGUGUGUGUGAGCAGCAGCAGGUGGCAGAGCUGCAGGAACAUAAGUACGGCGUGUCCUGUGUGGCCUUCUCUCCGAACAGUAAAUACAUUGUCAGUGUGGGCUACCAGCACGACAUGAUGGUCCACGUCUGGGCAUGGAAGAAGAACACAGUAAUUGCUGCUAACAAGGUGUCCAGUAAGGUGACAGCAGUGUCCUUCUCUGAGGACAGCUCCUACUUUGUGACAGCAGGGAACAGACACGUCAAGUUCUGGUACCUGGACCACUUCAAAUCUAUCAAGGCCAGUGCUCCAGUCCCUCUGCUGGGGCGCUCUGGUCUCCUGGGGGAGCUGAGGAACAACUUAUUCUGUGACGUGGCAUGUGGGCGUGGCUCUAAGGCUGACAGCACCUUCUGUAUCACAUUCUCCGGCCUGCUCUGUGAGUUCAACAGCAAGAGGAUGCUGGACAAGUGGGUGGAUCUACGGACCAGUGUGGACAGGUCUCUGUGUGUGUCAGAGGAGCUGAUCUUCUGUGGCUGUGCUGAUGGCAUGGUACGAGCCUUCAGCCCUGCUGACCUGGGGUUCAUCUGCACCCUGCCACGACCACACCACCUCGGCACUGACGUGUCCACCGUUACACAGGCCAGCCACCUGUUCACCAACAAGAUGGCUGCCCUCUACCCUGACUCGGUGGCAGUGAACUAUGACCCGGUCAGUCAUUGGUUGAGCUGCGUGUAUAACGACCACAGCCUGUAUGUGUGGGACGUCAGGGACCUCCAUUGAGUGGGCAAGGUGCACUCUGCCCUCUAUCACGCCGCCUGUGUCUGGGACCUGCAGAUGUUCCCAGAGGUCUCAGAGGUCCCAGAGUCUGGCCUGUGUUCUGGAGUGUUCUUCAGCUGUUCAGCAGACAACACAGUCAGACUGUGGAGUUCAGAGGGUCAGGGACACACUCACACACACAAUGUUCUCAGUAAGGACCUGUUGAAGGUGAUCUAUAUGGAUGGAAACACCGCUGCCCUGGUGGAUACAGAGGGAAGUGUGUCAGUAAGUACACAGAAGACAGACAGUCAGACAGCAGAGACCAGGACAGGCAUCAGGACAAUCUGUGUCAGCCCCAAUGGGAAACACCUGGCGUUUGGAGACUGCAACGGGAUACUGAGGGUUCAUGACCUCAGCAGUAUGGCAGAGAUUCAGAAGGUGGAGGCCCAUGACUCCGAUAUACUGUGUCUGGAGUACCAUCUGAUCCACGUCCUGGAUGCUGACAAAGACUAUGGUCUAGUCCAGACCCUGGACGAACACUCUUCAUCCAUCACAGCCGUCCGAUUCGCUGCCAAUGACAACAAGGUGAGGAUGAUCAGCUGUGGAGCAGACAAGAGCAUCUACUUCCGUAUGGCUCACAGGACAGACAGAGGUACAGAGUUCAGGCGGUCUCACCACGUGGUGAUGAAGUGUGCUCUGUAUGACAUGGAUGUAGAGCCCAGCUGUAAGUACGCUGCUGUGGGUUGCCAGGACCGAUGCAUCAGGAUCUUGUCCAUCAGCAGUGGGAAACAGAAGAAACUCUACAAGGGUUCACAGACUGAGGAUGGCAGCCUGCUCAAGGUCCAGACUGAUCCGUCUGGACAGUACGUUGCCACUAGCUGCUCUGAUAAGAACAUCAGCAUCUUUGACUUCUGCUCUGGAGAGUGUGUGGCCACCAUGUUCGGACACUCUGAGAUAGUGACUGGGAUGAAGUUCACCAACGACUGUAAACAUCUCAUCUCUGUGUCUGGGGACAGCUGUAUCUUUGUGUGGCGUCUGGCUCCAGAGCUGACAAUGAAUAUGAGAGAACGUCUUUCCCAACUCAGACGACCCCCCUCACACCCCUCUGCAACACCUCCAUACUCAGGCGUGAGGGGUACAGUGCGCCCGCUCUGGGUCUGGUGUCAUCACAGUGUGACCAUGAAGUGGAGGAGCAGGGGCCAGAGGAGUGGGGACGACCCCUGUGACCCGGAACCGAUCACAGUCAACAGUAACACCUCCUCAGGGAGUAGCCAUGACAACAACACAGCUGCAUCAGAUGAAGGACAGGACUUGGAAUCUAAGAAGGCCCCAGACAGCCCUGUGGCACCUGAGCCCUCCUGUCGGCCCCGGCGUUGCUGGUCCUGCCGUAUGGGCUCUCUGGAGUUCAUGGUCAAAUCUAUGCUGGACCUGAGACAGCUAGACGCCUUCUCCAUCACCGGCUCCUCCCACAAUAAAGGCCUCAAGGACUUGAAGGAGCUGGUUAAGAGACGUCGUCCUCGACCCCACUCUGCUGCCUGGCUGACCCCUAACCCCAACACCAACCCUAACCCUGAUCCUAACCUGGGCUCCCAGGGGACUGAUGGAGGUGUGCUGUACCCCGAGGGGAGCGAAGAUGCUGCCAGUGGACAGGGCAGGUAA